AUGAGAGAUCAGGCAUUCCAACGAGGCCAUUACUACGGCGAGGAAGGUGAGAUGGGAGAUAGACCACAUUCUGAGCUGCUGGGAGCGUUGAGAAGUCUAUACCACUCUCGAGACUAUGCCGACCUCGUCGUCUUCUCCCGAGAUGGGACUCGCCACCCCGUCCACCGAGCCAUAGUCUGUCCACGAUCACAGUACCUCGCCGAUGCCGUACGCAAUGGCAAGUGGAGAGAAGGCAACGACGGCCACAUCACCCUCCCCAACGACGAGCCCGAAGUCGUCCGCCUUUUGAUAGAAUACCUCUACCUCCUUGACUACUCCGCCGACACCUUCCCCACUCCCGAAGACGCCAGCUCCCACGCCGACAGCAGCAGCGGCAGCGACACCAUGAGCAUCCGCACCGAAGCGGCGCAGUACGGCACGGUCUAUGGUACCUCAGCCAUCAGCGCGUUCGGUGGGCCUCAAUCGCCCUUCACGCAGAUGUUCCGGGAUCGGACGGAGUCGAGCUUGACGGUGCACGCGUUGCCGACGACGGAUUUCCACGGGACAUUUGGCAGGACGGCGAAUCGUGGGAGAAAGGGUAGUAGGACUGACCCAUCGCCGCUGGCGACAAUGGCGCCGUGUUUGGCGCUGCAUGCGAGGAUGUAUACGGCGGGGUUCAAGUAUGGGAUUGAGGGGUUGAAGGGGUUGGCGUUGGAUAAGUUUAAGAUUCAGUGUACGCGGCAUUGGGAUUCUCCCGAGCUUGCAGAAGCGAUACAUAUCAUCUACGACACUACACCGUCUUCGGAUAAGGACUUACGGGAGGCUGUAGCGGAUGUGCUGGACUUGCACAGCAGAUUGCUCGAUAAGCCUGAGAUUGAAAUCGCCAUUAUGGAAAUCAACGGCCUUGCAUACGAGCUGUUGAAGCGGGCUAAAAGAGCUGAGCCUGAGUAUAUGGGAUGA